AAGAAUCAGCGGCGCGCGGGGCAAUCAGCUGAUGACGUUUACAAGAUCAGCUGACUAGUUUGUUAUUGUUUUUAUUGUGGUGGUGGUGGUGGUGAUGGUGUUAUGGUGUUGACGGUCAUCUAGCCUGUCAUGGAUAAUUACAGGAUGGUGCAGGCUAUAGGGAGGGGGGCCUAUGGUAAUGUGUACCUCUAUCGGCGCCUCAGUGACAACAAGGCAGUCGUGAUCAAACAGCUACCCAUGGAGUCGAUCAGCCACGAGGAGUGUGAGCUAACCAAGAACGAGGUGCGGGUGCUGUCCAUGCUCCAGCACCCCAACAUCAUCGAGUACUACGACAACUGCCUUGAGAAUAACACCAUGAUGAUCGUGAUGGAGUAUGCGCCCGGCGGGAACCUUUACGACUACCUCCGCUCCAGGGGCGAGGGGAACCUACUGCAGGAGGAGGAUGUAUUGCACCUGUUCUGUCAGCUCCUCCUGGGCAUGCAACACAUCCACGAGAGCAACAUCCUUCACCGCGACAUCAAGUCCAACAACAUCCUACUCGACCGCUCCCAACGCAUCGUAAAAAUCGGCGACUUCGGCAUAUCCAAGAUCCUCAGUAGCAAGAGCAAAGCACACACCGUCGUGGGCACCCCUUGCUACCUGUCUCCGGAGCUGUGUCAGGAGAAGCCUUACAAUCAGAAGAGCGACGUCUGGGCUCUCGGCUGUGUCCUUUACGAGAUGCUGACACUCAAGAGGGCGUUCGAGGCUGAGACGCUCCCCGCCCUCAUAAUGAAGAUAAUGAGAGGGAUCUUUGCCCCCAUCCACCCCCACUACAGCCAGGAGAUGAGGGGGUUGCUGCAUCUCCUCCUCCACACAGAUGCUGCCCAGCGACCCAGCAUCCCUCAAGUCCUGGCUCAGCCCCUGGUGUUUGCUCCCCUCCUGAGGCUGCACACAGACCUGGGAAUGCUGCACUGUGCCUCUAGGCCGCUGCGGUUGAACUCUGUUGGGUCCGAGCGCCUCAAGUCACCCAAGAGCCCCCCGGAAGGACAGACUAAGGACAGGUGACCGUGGGAAACCUUAGAGUAUAGUCAUCAAGGUACAGCAUCGAGUCCUUUUUCACCUCUAAGAACUUUUUUUAUAUUAGAAUAAAUGAAUGGAAUGAAAGUGUGAAUAAUGUAAGGGGUAUCAAUGUGUUUCAAGGGGAUUAUUAAGGUAAAGGUAAUGUUAGGGGCAUAUGCUAAAGCUGCACAUAGCCUUGGUGCUCAUCUCUGUCACAUUAGCUCUGGGGUAUCCAAUGUCUUCCAAAUAAGUUGCUCAAAAACUUAAAAAUGGUAUAUUAAAAGCAAUCAUUUAAUACAUGUUUCUUUUUAAUCACCAAACUUAGUGGAUUGUCUAUGCAUUUAAGAAUACUUUGAACAACCAGUCAGGACAUACUUAAGAAACAGUGGAGGGGCAUACUUGUUAUAUCUUCUAUUAUAUCAAGCAAUCACUUACUAUAUAUCUCUUUUUAAUCACCAAACUUAGUGGAUUGUCUAUGCAUAUAAGAAUACUUUGAACAACCAGUGAGGACAUAGUAAGGGAAUAGUGGAGGGGCAUACAGCAGCUAAAUAUUUGGUUCACUGGUCUCCUUAACCGUAUUAUUAUUUAAAAAAGAAAAUACAGACCCUGAAAACUAUCUGGGGCUUAUCUUCCAUUAUGUUUUCUGGUAAGCUAUAAGCAUGUCCUAUCCUUCCCUUAGCUAUGCCACUGUUAAUUAAAGAGUGUAUGAUGCAGAUUAGGAACACAACAGCUGGAAUGUUUAAGCAGGGUUGGGAUGACGUGCAUCUCCCAUUUUCUUUCUUGUAUGUUCUUUAACAAUAAAAAUAAUCACUUAAUCAGUACUAGAGGAAUGUAAAUGGCUGUCAUACUCAUGUUACUAAAUCAACAACUAAUACAGAAUAGCAUAAUAAUUGGUAAUGGUAUCAAUAACUUGUACGUACAGGCUAAAGUAAAAUUAAUAAGUAGUAUAAAAACAAGUUCAAACAUUAAACAACAGUACUUGAAUGACAACUAAAAACAACUAUAACUAAUUCACCACUACAAGGUUUAGAUCUAUAAGAUAAUACUGUCCCUUGGAGGCAAUCACCAUCAUAUGUAAAGGUCAGGUCACACACACACAUACACACA